GCCCUGCACCCCUGUGAGGACGCACGCCGCUCUUGCCCGCCACCUAUUCUCAGCCGCACGCCCGCACGCCCUCACACACCUGCCCGCACCACACCGUCCAUCCGCAGAGCUGCAGUCAGCGUGCCCGUACCCUGAGGAAACUAGUAGUGUUGCUACUACAGCUGAUGGUAAUGGUGGUGGCCACGCUUGACCUCGGGGACGGCGCGCUGCCUCGCUAGCGGAACCCCACUGCCACCACCGUUAACCUCUGACCCGCCCCUCACCCAGGCUCUCCUCUCACUGCUCAAGUGACGCAGGCGAGAUGGCCACUAAGACAUUAUACCACUGAUAAUGAUUUGGCAGGAUCCGUGACGACUGAGGUGUGGUGUGCAGACCUCGGUGUACCUGUGCCCUCACCUAGCGCCACCACCUGCACCCAGGCCUUACCUUACACCCUGGGCCAUCCCGGCCUUCAGCGCCCUCACACACCACACGAGAUACACACCUACCAUGAGCUUGGGUUUCCAUGACCCAGCAAAGCGUAACAUGUGACGUCGUCGAGGGUCAAGUGUGGUCAUACGAGGUGGACAGGUGUGAGCGACCGUAACACCUGCCUCACAUUACUCCCGGGUUACUCUGGCCCACGACCCCUGCCCCCCGUUACCCAUCAACAUUCUAUCUGACUGGCGAGUUACAAGUGUCAGCUCAAGUCUAGGUGAGGUGGGCGUGUGGUCGGGCGUGUGACAGGUGUGCUGGGGAAUUGUGUGGUUGUCAGGUGGAGCUGAAGAGGACCAAGUGUGCCGCUGCCCCGACAUCCAACUCACAACAGAGGAGGAGGUGAGCGUGUCCCGGGACACAACAGGUGGACGGCAAUCCAGGUUACCAGGGCGGAAGUGUCUCCCAGGCGAGCUGCUGCUCUUGUUGCCUCACAUGUGUGUCGCCUCAAGUAACUAAGAAGGUGCAUCAUCCUGUUGUGCAGCAGAUAACAAAGAUCUACCCUCCCUGCACCUGACUCCAGGAGUAAUAUUUACCCCUGCUCGAAGCUGUUCACAUACUGUAGGCGUCGUUAAUUUUUUUUUUUAUGUUUAACGUUUGUUAACAGCAGCGGUAAUGGGAAGAGCUGCGCCGCACACAAUCAAGAGUGACAGCAGUCUGCCUAGAGGAGCAAACACAUGUUCAUCCAUGUGUGCUCGUGUGGACCAAUACCUGCUGACCUACACUUAGAUUAUUGUUUAGAUAACUGUUUUGUAACAUAUGUUUCUUACAUGACAUGAAGUGAUACAAUUCCUAUCUUUUUGUAAUCAAAUUCAAAGUCACUUGAAUAAUUAGUUUGAGAUAGCAUGGUUGUUUGGGGCCUCGCCAAGCUCCAAAGCUUAACAUAUCAACUGAGGAUAAGCAACCCUCGGAAUGACCAAUGUUUUAAUCAUACUUUCUGAGAACUGUAAUUAUGAAUAUCCUCAAGCUCUCUUACCCCUUUGUGAUUUUGAACUCCCGUGAGCUAAGUUUUACAUGAAAGACAAAACUUGUCAAAGUGUAACUGAGAUUACUACUACUCAAGCUGGAUAUAGUAAAGCAGAUUUUACUGGGAGGAUUAACGAACACUCGCUUGUGUAAAGUUGAAGAACGGACAGGUAGCCAUCGUUCUACCUGUCAUUCUAUUGAAAGCUUUCUCAGGUAGCCCAACAUCCGACCAUGUGACAUAAGGCCUAUCAAGUUUUCUGGGCGUCCCGCCGCGCUCAGGGGUCCACCACCUCUAACUCAACACUCACCACCGCUACUACCACAACCACCUCAUCCUCCGCCUUAAGCAGACGCACAAGUAAGACUCCUGCCGCUGCCAGUAGCGCCUCCAGUACCAGCGGGACCUCCAGCACCAGUCCCACCACCACCACCAUCACGUAUACCGUCAAGAUGCUAAGUCCUAAGAUGCAGCGCACCAUCAGGAUCAACGAGAACCAGGUCCUGAUGUUGGCCGAGAAGGCGCGCCAUGACCACAACUAUUCUGGCUACCUCUACAAGCGCUCAUCGGACUCCAACAAGUGGCAGAUUAGAUGGUUCACACUCUACCAGAAUCUGUUGUUCUACUCAGAGGGAGAGGCGAGUGUGAAACCAUCUGGUGUGAUCAUGUUGGAGGGCUGCUACUGUGAACGUCUCAUUACUACCAAUACCAACACCAAGAACAAGGACACUGAAAAACAGUUCUGCUUUGCCAUAACGUACCGCCGCGAGAACCAGCGUCAGUAUGACUUAAAAGCAGAGACAGAAGGUGAAUGCAAGGCUUGGAUAGACGUGAUCCGUCAAGCAUCGUUCAACAAACUGCUUCUACAAAAGGAGGAGCUGGAACAGAAGCACCUGCACCUGCUACAGAUAGUAGAGAGUGAGAAGACAGCCAAGUGGCAGUAUACGCAGCAGUGUGAGGAACUUACCUCAGAGAUCAAGAAACUCCGUGCUGAGCUGUGCACGCUGAAGAAGGAGUGGCGUGUGGUGCCCUCAAGGAGACUGGAGGACCUUCCCGAGGAUUCUGAGGAGAUUAAGAAGAUCAAGAAGGUGCAGAGCUUCUUCCGAGGGUGGCUGUGUCGCAGGCGGUGGAAGCAGAUCGUCGAAGAGUACAUCAGGUCUCCCCAUGCUGAGAGUAUGAGGAAGAGAAACAGCCUGGUGUUCCGUAUGGUGGAGGCUGAAGAGGAAUACGUGGAGCAACUCAACCUCUUGGUGUCUUGCUUCUUGCGACCCUUCAAGAUGGCGGCGUCGAGCAAGAAGCCACCCAGUACCCACGAGGAUGUCAACAGUAUCUUCCUCAACUCAGAAACGUUGCUCUUCUUACAUCAGAUCUUCCUGAAGGGGCUCUCAGCUAGAAUGGAGAGCUGGCCCACACUAGUUCUGGACGGGGGGCGCGAACCAAACUCCGCGGGCUCCUCCCCACGCCAGAAGAAGACCUCCUGCAGCACCAUCCAGCUGCUGGGAAACACACAUCUGGGAGACUUGUUCGACAUGCUGCUGCCAAUGCUGAGCAUCUACCAGGAAUACGUGAGGAACCAUCACUACAGCCUACAGGUGUUGGCCGAGUGUAAACAAAACCCACACUUCGGUGCCUUCCUCAACCGUUUAGAAAAUAAACCAAACCUACAGGGCCGCACUCUGGAGACAUUCCUCACCUACCCUAUGCAUCAGAUCCCUCGGUACAUUAUCACCCUACACGAGCUAUUGGCCCACACACCCCACAACCACGUAGAGAGGAAGAGCCUUGACCAUGCCAGGAUGCAGCUGGAAGAUCUCUCCCGACAGAUGCACGACGAGGUGAGCGAGACAGAGAACAUCCGGAAGAAUUUGGCCAUCGAAAGGAUGAUCGUUGAGGGUUGCGACAUACUUCUCGACGUCAACCAGAUGUUUGUACGUCAGGGGUCGCUGAUCCAGGUUCUGGGAGACCGCCCUCGCUCAACCAAGAGUCGCCUCGGCCAGUUCAAAAGUGAGAAGGAUGCAGUGCGUCAGUGUUUCCUUUUUAGCAACCACCUUAUCGUUGCGACGAGGACCUCUGGCGGGAAACUGCACCUGGUGGCGGGGGUGGGAAAGGUGCCUCUAAACAACGCCACGCUCAUCGAAGACCCAAAUGAACAAGGCAAUCAAGACGAAGACGUGGAGUCGGUGUGUUCGUUUUCGUCACAGAGCAGCGGAGUGAGUGACAGUUCAGCAGCAACCAGUAGUGGAUCAGGACCCGGCAAGAACUUCAACGUGGAACAAGCAAACCUAGAUUUCAAGAUCGUUGUGGAGCAGAAGAGUGGCUUGCCUAUAACACUUCAUCUCGUGGCGCCCACUAUGCAGGAGAAACAAGCCUGGAUUAGCGACAUUAGUCAAUGUUUGGACAACGUACACUUCAACAAUUUAUUCCGCUCCUCCAUCUCCGACACUUCAUCAAUAACGAUGCCACACUUCAUCAAAAAUGACCCCAAGCUAUUCCGGGAUGACAUCGAUAUUCGCUUCUCACGCACACUCAACUCUUGUAAGGUGCCCCACAUUCGGUACGCCACACCGGAUAGGCUGCUGGAGAGAUUGACCGAUCUUCGUUUUCUGUCCAUUGACUUCCUCAACACUUUCCUCUUGACCUACCGUGUCUUCACCGACGGUAUCUCUAUUCUUGAAGCCCUUAAGAAGGUCUACUACAACCCAGACGUCCACGACCAGAUGGCCGACUCUCGCGAUUCUUCUGUUGAGAGAUCUCCAGAGUAUAUAGCGUCCCCACCCCCAGACCUCGACAGUGACCGCAACUCUCCAAGGCGUGUUUCAACCUUCAGUGCUUUCUCCGGGUUUGAGGUGGAGGCGCCUCGCGAACGCUGCUGGACGUUUGAUGCGCAGGUGGCAAAAGCGUCCGGCAAUCAACACUGGCGGUGGUCAUACAGGAGAUGCCUUCUACCCUGCACAGUUGAGGAGGAACAGAGGGAGCAAGAGGAGCGUCGUAUCAGAGAGGAGGCGGCAGUGAACGAAGCUACCUUCCACACCAACAGUCUCCCCGCCAGUGCACCAAACUCACCGUUCAGCCCCAAGAAGGUGACCAUCAGAACAGACGAUGACCACAAGUUCCUCACCAUCCCAAAAGGUCGCCGUAAUCUGGUUGGGUCUACAUCAUCAGCUGAGACCCUCAUCGGGGAAGACUUAAGUAUGAGCCAACCAGACAGUCCAACAGAUGUCUCCACCUCAACCUUAGUGGGAGGUGGCGGGAUGCUGGGCUUCUCAGAAUGGCGGUUACCGUUUGAGGCGGAACGUCAUAGCCGCAGUCGUCGUCCAUCCCGCAUCCUGGACGCUGUCACCUCCCCGCCUCGCCCAUGUUCAGUGCCGCGACGUUCUCUUCCACGCAGAAUGUCGUCACUAGAGGAGCGCCCUCAGGGAUGGAGUAAGUUCGAGGCAGCUACUUCGGGUUCAGAGGCUGAGGACGAGCAAGACAUCUUGGGUACGGGAGUAAGGCCCCGCUCUACUAACAGAUCUCACAGCGCUGCCACCACUUCUGGGUUCCUCUUGGUGGGCCAUCGUACCAAGGGUGGCAAAAGACCCAGCUGUGAGAGUGACGCGGCCCUCACUGCUCUGGGUCUAGGGGGUCUGGCUUCUCCCCGCUCUAGCGUCCAUACCGCUACCCCGAGGUCAUCCUUCCAGGUACCAGACUCCCCCUCACACUCAGUGCCGCGGGUUGGUGUGGUUAUCACCUCCUCCAGACAGUCUCAGCGCAGGAGCAGUAGUGCAUCUGCAGCAGCUGCCUUUGCUGUGGCCACGGCAGGCUCGAGCAACCCCAGGGAUAUCCCUAAGACGCCUCCCCUGGGCCGCUUCUCCGUGGGUGGGGAGGGGCGCCGCUCCUCUUUCAGGGAACGACCUCGUCAGGAGUCCAUCAUAUGCACCGCCGCCACCAUGCGAGUCCUCAAUGUGUUGCGCCACUGGGUAUCUAAACAUUCUCAGGACUUCGACUGUGACCCGCGGUUAAGGAACAUGACAAUAGAGUUCCUGGAGGACAUGGUAUGCUGUGCCACGCUACUGCCAGCCGAGCACAAGGCGGCGUCACAGCUGCUGCGGCUCCUCACCAAGGAAGAACCUCCCAACCCACAGGUGGAGCUGGCUACCCUCCUCGCUCCCUCCUCUACCCCAAGUAAGGAGAGCAUCGAGACACUAUCGGCUCUUGAAGUUGCAGAACAAAUGACAUACGUUGACCAUCAGAUUUUUGUGGCUAUUAGAAGCGAGGAGUUCCUCAAGACCGCCUGGAUGAAACCUGACAAGCAAAUUAAAGCCCCCAAUAUUCUCCUCAUCACCCGUCGCUUUAACGAGGUGUCACGCUUGGUGGCCUCUGAAGUGAUCCGCGGCGCUACUCUCGCUUCCCGCACCGCUGUCAUCGAGAAGUGGGUCGCCGUCGCUGAUAUCUGUCGCUGCCUCCACAAUUUCAAUGGCGUACUCCAGGUGUGCGCUGCCUUCCAGAAUUCAUCUGUAUUUCGCUUGAAGAAAACAUGGGAGAAAGUCUCAAAGACGACACGUCAGACCCUGGAGAAGCUGCAAGCGCUGGUGUCAUCGGAUGGAAGGUUCCGUAGCCUGCGUGACGCCCUCCACCGCUGUGACCCGCCCUGCAUCCCUUACCUGGGCAUAUACCUUACCGACCUUUCCUUCAUCGAGGAAGGCACACCCAAUUUUACAGAUGAGGGCCUUCUUAACUUUUCUAAGAUGAGGAUGAUUGCUCACACUAUCCGUGAGAUUCGUCAAUUCCAGCAGACACCAUACAAGAUAGAACAUAACCAUCGUGUUACAGUGUACCUGUUGGACCCUACCUUGCUCCUGAGCGAUGACAACCUGUAUCGCUUGUCACUGGACCUGGAGCCUCGCAGGUCCACCCUCACACACGUCACAGCUCCCCUUCUGGCAACCACGGCAUCGUCUGCCUCUUCCUCCAGCUCUUCUUCCUGACAGCGGCGUCGCACAGCUGGAGAGAUUUGGGUAAGCAUCUGAGGCCCGCCCCCCUGGAGCCGCGUCGCAUAACAGGGGGGCCACAGCAGAUCCCAAGCUGCUCUCAUCCGCUUGGGACGUCAAGAAAGGAGAAUACUGACAUCGACAGCAGAUAACGGAAACGACCAUCAUCAUACAAAAUUAUGACAAUAUUUUAUUCAUGGUGAAGAUUUUACUCCUGAGUGUUCGUUAUCCAAAUUCUGAUUUUCUUUCGUAUAUUUUUAACAGACUGUAAGCAAUAUUUCACUGCAACUCAUAAAGAUGCUACUCAUGUUUGAUCAUGUGUGGUAUGCUUUUAAAAGCUCUGAUUGCGUUCCCCACUAAUUCAAACAUUAACCUAAUAUCUUUCAAUCAAGGACCACGUGUAAGUUACAAGAUGGAACAGUUUGGGUAUGACCAUAUUUUUUUAUUAAAAUCAAGGUUGGGAGUGAGUAUAAGAUAUGCUGAGGGUGAUGAUGCGGCGAGUGGUAGCGGCCCGCACACCACGCCAACAACCCGUCAAACUAAAACAUCUACAUUUCCAUAACUUGCAGGCUGAACUUAUCCUUAAUUAUUUAGUUACCAGGUGCCAAAAAUUGAAUUAUUCAGCACAAAGUAUAGUUUCAAAUAUGAUUUAAAACUGAGCAACCGUAGCAUAAUAAGUUUAAACUGAAAUGGAUAAUUUACUCUAUCAAUAUUUCAAUAGACGGAUGAUUAAUCGCUCACGUUACAAAUUAAGAUUAUAUACCGCAGUAGUUCCACAAUACACUCUAUCGGUAUCAAUCUAAAUUUUGAGUAGAUAUUUCUUAAUUACAGAAAUUAUUAAAAUUCUGUCAUGAGAAAUGUUUGAUAACCGCCUGUCUUGUCCCACGUUGUUCUGGAUGAGUUGGUUCAGUUUUGUUCAGUAUUUAGUAGCGACAUCAUAUUCAUCAAUUACCGAUAUUUUCGUGAGACUUCAGUUAUUAGAAUAUUUCUUCCUGUAUGCCAACGUACCAUAGACAUCACUGAAUCCCUUCUAUAACAGAAUUUGUGUUAGUCUAUAGGCAGUAGUGCGUCAAGACUAGAUGGUCCACGCACCACCACGGCAGAGGUAAAGCGUUUCUUUUGUACUUCAAUGAUAGUUCUUUACCUACCCCCUCACACACACACACACACAUACACUAUAGCCCCCUGCUGACAAACUGGUCCCGUUUGUUAUUUCAUAUGCAUCAAUAGGUAUACAGUAUAUCCGUUGGCAGAACGACUGUAUCUGCUUGGGUGAUUUGCUAACCAUUAAAAGACAAGUAGCAGUCAGAACAAUUUGGCACAGGAUAUCAUAAUUUGUAGUAGGAACAAAACACGCUUUCCUUUUGCCGUUCAUUAUAAUUAUUUGUCUCGUGAGUCAGUAUCAUUGUUAUGAAUCGUCCUUCAGUGUCUAUAGUAUCGAAACCGCUUUUCAGAUACUGUACUCAGUUGGUGUACUGUCAUUAUGCUGCUGAUUAUCUUUUUUAUCUGUUUACGACAACGGGGUACCAGUUUACCCUGGUGGUUGCUGCAUAAUUAUCAUAUCCCAAACUGCUCUGCAAAUAUUGUUUAUUCCAGGUUUUCUGAAUUCGGGGUUUCAUUUUACUUUCGGUCUUAUCUUCCUAUGUCUUUGGAAAUGUUUUUGUCAAUGGGUUUGGAUCCUUAACACGAAAAUUGGUGGAUACGGUCAGUAACCGAAUUAUAAGAUGAAUCUGCUUGAGCCACCCUGCUGUGAGAGUAAAAAAUAUACCUUAUGGGACUAUAUCACUUAUUUCCACGAUAUAUAUAUAUAUAUAUAUAUAUAUAUAUAUAUAUAUAUAUAUAUAUAUAUAUAUAUAUAUAUAUAUAUAUAUAUAUAUAUAAUGUAUCUA